AUGUGUUAUAUCACUGUUUACCACUUUACGCACUGCGACACGCAGCGUCGUGCCAUCAUCAAUCCCAUCACUGGAGCGACAGUCUUCCACCCCUUCGAACAACCACAGCAAUGCAUGCACGGCAUCAUCAAACUUCCUCCUCCUGCGGACCCCAACGCUAGCGCUCCGUGUCCCGUACACGGAACCUGCUGCCAUGUCGGCCAAGCCUUUGUCUGCGAAGGGAAAGACAUGACCAAAGAAAAGUGUCUCGGAUGGCAGACUCACCAUCGGGUCAUGGAGCCCAGGAUGCUGGAAGUCUAUGGGACACAGCUCCAGCCUGUUACCACCGAGGAUUGGAGGGUUAUGCAGCUCAAGCCCGAGACUGAAAGUUUCUCAUAUGAUGAGGAUAUACGAAUUCAAUUCUUCGAUGCUGGGGCUAAGAUGUAUGAGCUUGCGCAAAUGGGGAGGCACCUCGUUCAAACCCUUUCCCAGCACGAGCGCUCUAACAACGGCGCGAAGCUAGAAGAAAGGGAUUUCCUGCUCCAUGGCGAGCACUACUGGUACUGGAUGGUUGCGCGCAAAGAGCUCCUUCAGUUAACGGAAGCCUGGGAGAACCUUGCCAGUGUGGGAUGCAUGGAAUUCUGUCCUUCAAAGCUCGUCAAAGUCCAUCCCUGGAUGAAGUACGCCUUUGCCGGGUGGAAUGAACGACAACCUGUCCAUUUCCCUCAAUUCCCUGGGAUUCCUUUCGCUUUCCUCGACAACAUUGAUCGACAGGAGGAACUCCUUCGAUGGCAUCCUUACUACGCUCGUCGAGACAUGCCUUCGACACCAAAUGUCGUCGACUGUUUCUGGUCUUCUCCCUCCGUUCCCCAACGCUACAACCCCGAGCUUGCUCUUCAUAUUGAGCAGAAGGAGAGGGAUAUGAGUUGGCCUGCUGAAUGGUAUGGCAUUAUGAGGGGAGUACGCAUUUCACUACCCAUUCGAAGUCACGAUGAUGACGGCCCUUGCCACACCACGGUCGGAGACUGGGGCACUGCUUCAUCUCCAUCUACGCACUCUUCAGGACCUAGGACACCUCCCUGGGCGAUUCCCUAUGGUGAAGAGCCCGAUUUUGAGUGGGAUGAGAUUCAUUGGGAUCAACGUGCUACAUUUGCCGAGUCGCCCGCUGUUAGUCCUGGGACUAUUCCUGCGAGCGUAGAAGAAAUCUCUUCGGUGCCGUAUGAUGAUCGCAUGGAGGCGAAUUUGUACCAGCUCGAACGAUUCAUUGGAACCGAGGAACGUACCGACCGGGAGUUUCUUAGUGUCUCUGUUUCGGAUGAUGUUUCGGAUGAUGAUUCGGAUGGGGAGGAGAAGGGCUUGAAGAGGAGACGGAGUGAGGACAAUCAAGUUGGUGAAGAGUCAGGAAUGAGCCCGACUAAGAGGUGCCGAACUGCCUAA